AUGGAACAAGGACGGGAAUCGGCACUGCUGCAUUCGCAGCCGGAGUUGACGCCGCUGGAGGCAGAGGUCCUGGAGGAGUACGAGAAGCUGGCGGAUAACAUGAAGAAGCUCGCUUCUACACUGGAAGACCUUAGCGGUUCCCCGAGCACCGAAAUCCUUGACGGCCUGCGCGAGCUGGAGCGCAAAACGAGUCUGGUCUUCACACUCCUUAAGGCGAGUGUGUAUAGCAUAGUGCUGCAGCAGGAGAUCGACUGGGGCGACCAGGCAGGGAACCAGGGUGACGACCGGGAGGAGUGA